AUGUUGCUCCGCAAGCUAGUUCUGCUUCUUCCCGCAGCCCUCCUCUCCUGCGCCGUGCCCACUGGUCUCAACAGCAUAGUACCAGCUCAUUCCACACACUCCCCUACCAAGGCUGGCAGUCCUCCCCCUCCCGACUCUAGGCCCCCAAGUGCCCUGAAUGGUACCGUUAAAGCAGCCAAAGUUGUUACAUCUCCAGAGUGCAGCCCCUGGUAUAAUUUCUACGGGAGAGACAGGUGGACAUAUACGGAAUUACAAUGGUGUUUCCGACAGCAGGCCGACGGAACCAUCCUCUCGCAGGAGCAGCGGAACCCGUGGUAUUACUGGGGCGGUGCUUGGUAUACAGGCAAGAGUCAUAAGCUCGUAUGGCAAACCAAGGGCACGGUUGGGGGCACUCGGGACUUUGACUCUGGUAAAGAUUGGAACGAUGGUCCUGCCAAGAAGGAUAUCUACAUAUUCAAGCCCAAGAUACCUGCGGGGGUAUACGCGGUCAACCUGAACUACCAGCAAGAGGGGCCCUGGUGGGGAGCAGAUGCUGCUAUUAACGAGGCUGUUAUGUUCAGUGUAGUGCUUGGGGAUUAA